AUGUCUACAAUUUGCAAUAAAAUCGAUAGUAGGGAGAGCUCUCCCACUCCAGUUUUCACGCCAGAAAAGUGUCCCAUACAGGAAAAUGAGACACCAGCUACUCGAGAAGAAAAGAUCACCGAGCUAGAUGAAUUGAUUAGGAGCAUGUAUUUGUCCUCCAAACUCCACAUUGACAUCUUCCCUCCUGCACCAGAACCAGGUCAAAUAGUAAUCCCGACAGGAGGACUCGCUAGAUGCAUAUGUACUCCUUACUGCACGAAAGAGCUGCCACAGCCAGCGUACCGUAUUCUAGGAGAAUCCGAGGAAGACAAUCGCUGGAAUUUGGAGAAGAAGACAGAAGAAGAGAUACUGCAAGAUGCCGAGGAUAUCAUCUACAAGACGUAUAUGGAUGUGUUGGCAGAGAAAACAAGAAAAUCGAAGAAGAAGACAGCUCGUCAGCUAUAUAACGAACUGAACAGCUAA